AUGCCGAACCAAUGCGCACUAUUCAACUUACAUUAUAUCAUUCCUUUAUUUCCUUUCGACUACCUCAAAGCCAUUGUCAACGUCAUGGGCAUUCCUACCCCUCAAACUGGACUCACUAGCGCCGCACCUGUCUCAGCCUUGACACAAGCAUUACCCGUUGAUGGACUAAUGGGACUCUUAGGUACAACCGUGAAUCAUGUGUCAUCCCCAACCCAACAACUUAGUCCAUCUGCUCUUGGAUUACCAGCCACUCAGCAACUUGGUCCAUCUGCUCUGGGAUUACCAGCAACUCAGCAACUUGGUCCUUCUGCCCUUGGAUUACCAGCAACUCAACCACUUUCUGCCCUUGGAUUACCAGCAACUCAACCACUCUCUGCUCUUGGAUUACCAGCAACUCAGCGACUUGGUCCUUCUGCUCUUGCAUUACCAGCAACUCAACAACUUCCUUCUGCUCUUGGAUUGCCCAGCUCACCUCUUCUAUGA